CAUAUUUUUUCAGGGAAGAAAGGGGACUUGCUUGCAUUUGUUACAUUAGGCUACCGGCGCGGAGACAGGUCAAGGUGAAAUAAACUUUUAAGGAAUAUAGCUACAUUGAACAGGAAGCAUGGGUGAUAUUGCUAAGGGAAAGAAGGCAUUUGUCCAGAAGUGUGCCCAGUGUCAUACUGUUGAAAAUGGAGGAAAGCACAAGGUCGGUCCAAACCUCUGGGGUCUGUUUGGACGCAAGACUGGACAGGCUGAAGGCUUUUCCUACACAGAUGCCAACAAAUCCAAAGGCAUUGUCUGGGAAACCGAUACCCUCAUGACGUACUUGGAGAACCCCAAGAAAUACAUUCCUGGAACAAAGAUGAUAUUUGCUGGCAUCAAGAAGAAGGGCGAGCGUACAGAUCUUAUAGCAUAUUUGAAGUCGGCAACUUCGUAGACCACUACGCUUUGUUCAAUGUAUAGAUUUCCCUUUCUGUAUCUUAUAUAAAUAUCAUAAAGUGUUCAGUGGAGAAGGGGGAUGGCUCUUUCAAGAAGCUAA